AUGUCAUUCGUUUCCCCAAGUACGUACAAGGGUACUCCGUAUUCUUAUUUCUUUACAUUUUGGACGACUGAUGGUGCUAAUAAGACAGGCUGCUUCAACAUUGCUUGCCCUGGUUUUGUGCAAGUUGACAAAAGAGUUUAUCCCGGGUCACCUAUAAGUAAUGUAUCCAUUCCUAAUGGUCCUCAAUUUGAGAUUGGACUCUCUAUUUCAAAGGCGGAAGAUGGCAAUUGGUGGGUAACAAAAGAUCAAAUUAAUAUUGGAUAUUUUCCAGCAGCAAUAUUUAAUAAUUUUGUUGAACCUGAAACUGUUGGUUGGGGAGGGUUCGCUGUUAAUCCCCCAAAUGGAAUUAGCCCACCCAUGGGAUCCGGAAUAUUUCCAGAUGACAAUUAUGGACAUACAAGUCAAUUUAGAGCGAUCCAGUAUAGAAAUAGUUCCGGAGUGCUAAAUGGACCUCAUAAAUAUACUUAUGAUACAAUCAUUGACAGCCCUAACUGCUAUCUCAUAGAUUUUCAUGGAUAUAUAGGUACGUUCGAGGGAUACACCUUCGGGUUUGGUGGACCUGGUGGGGAUUGUGGCAAUUAAAAUUUUUUGUACCACAAGUCCAGUGGGCUGUGCUUUUCAAUUGAACAGAACUAGUUCCCAUCUCUUCCCUAGUCCCUCGUGUUGUUGAGGCUAUGGAUCGAGAUGGCUCUAGGCCUAGUUCUUUUAAUUGUAAUCGUGUUCUUUUCAGUAAUUCAAUAAAAUAAAGUACUUAUUUAGC